CCGGGUCGAGCAAUCUUAGCACACCCCAUGAACGCGAGCUAGCGGGCCCGACUUGUCAUCCCGAAAACGCCAGAAAAAACCGACCGAGGGACAUUCAGACGCGUUCAGCGCAGAAACCGCCAGUUUACCGUCGCGUAACCACAUGACACAGCGAUGCCGGGUCUCAGCUGUAGGUUUUACCAGCACCGGUUCCCAGAGGUGGAGGACGUCGUGAUGGUGAACGUCCGGUCCAUCGCCGAGAUGGGCGCCUACGUCAGCCUCCUGGAGUACAACAACAUCGAGGGCAUGAUCCUCCUGAGCGAGCUGUCGCGCCGACGUAUCCGCUCCAUCAACAAGCUCAUCCGCAUCGGCCGCAACGAGUGCGUCGUCGUCAUCCGAGUCGACAAGGAGAAAGGAUACAUCGAUUUAUCAAAAAGACGAGUUUCGCCUGAGGAGGCCAUCAAGUGUGAAGACAAGUUUACCAAAUCUAAAACUGUGUACAGCAUCCUGCGACACGUGGCCGAGGUGCUGGAGUACACGAAGGACGAGCAGCUAGAAAGCCUGUACCAGCGCACCGCCUGGGUCUUCGACGAGAAGUACAAGCGGCCCGGCUACGGCGCCUACGACGUCUUCAAGCAGGCCGUGUCGGACCCCAGCAUCCUGGACGGCCUGGAUUUAACGGAGGAGGAGCGCGCCGUCCUGAUCGACAACAUCAACAGGCGGCUAACACCCCAGGCCGUCAAAAUCAGAGCAGACAUCGAAGUCGCGUGCUACGGGUAUGAGGGCAUCGACGCGGUGAAAGAAGCUCUGAGGGCCGGACUGGGCUGCUCCACAGAGGUCAUGCCCAUCAAGAUCAACCUGAUCGCUCCCCCUCGCUACGUGAUGACCACGACCACCCUGGAGCGGACAGAGGGUCUGUCUGUCCUCAACCAGGCCAUGGCCGCUAUCAAGGAGAAGAUCGAGGAGAAGAGAGGCGUCUUUAACAUCCAGAUGGAGCCCAAGGUGGUGACGGACACGGAUGAGACCGAGCUCGCCCGGCAGCUGGAGAGGUUAGAAAGGGAGAACGCCGAGGUGGACGGAGACGACGACGCCGAGGAGAUGGAGGCCAAAACCGAGGACUGAAGAGAGGAAAAGUGUGGACAGGCCUGCGUCGAUCAGUUUAACUUUCAGGUUGCAGUCAUUUUAUUACUCAAUAGGCAGAAGCAAAGGAUCUGCUUAACCCCAACAUGAACACAAGGACGGCUAAACAAGCUUAACAGCAGUAUAGCUUCUAUCUGAAUAAACAAAAGCUGCUCAAACGGUGGCCUUCGUCUACCUUUCUGCUUCAGAGCGCAGCGUCCACGGCUCCAUCUCUGACCGAAGGGACCCAAGAAGCUCGUCUACCUACAGCUAUUCAUUUGUGACGUUAUCUUCCAGCUCAAGGGUGUUUUACCAGCAAGACCCGCUCUUUGUGUAGCUCACACGAAAUCAAUAAAGUUCUGGCAAUUUUCAUUUCAA